CAAUAAAUUGAAUGGUUAAAAUUUUGGUACGAAGUUACCGGAGUUGCUUCUGCUGAAUACUUGAGACUCGAGACGGAUGCUCACUGCUUCAGCUAUGGAGACAGCCGGAGGGAGAGAGACAAAAAAUUAAAAUAAAAAUAAAAAAGUGAUUUCUUAGACUCGAAUUGAGCUGGAGAAAGAAAAAAAAUGGUUUCAGCGAACAGGGAGAUGGCGGUUUAUUGUUUUGACACUCUCGUCGCUCACUACAACAGUGAGGAAGCUCCCCCUCCUGCCUUUGAUGAGGGCCAGCACCCACUAUUUGUCACGUGGAAGAAAAUGGUCAAUGGUGGUGAGCCUUGUUUACGUGGAUGCAUUGGAACACUAGAAGCUCAGUGCUUGAUUAAUGGGUUUAGGGACUAUGCUUUAACCAGUGCUUUGAAGGACCGCAGAUUUCCUCCAAUACAGCCUAAAGAAUUGCCUUCUCUAGAAUGUACAGUUUCUGUUCUGACUGAUUAUGAAACUGCUAACAAUUAUCUUGAUUGGGAGAUUGGAAAGCAUGGUUUAAUUAUUGAGUUUAUUGAUCCUAAUAACAAUAUAAGGCGAAGUGCCACAUAUUUGCCUGAGGUAGCUGCCCAUGAAGGUUGGACAAAAGUGGAAGCAAUUGACUCACUGAUGCGUAAAGCGGGUUACAGUGGCCAUAUCUUUGAGUCACUUCGGAAUUCUAUACAAUUAACUCGUUAUCAGAGCACAAUAUUUACUAUGACCUAUAGUGACUAUGCCUUAUAUGUCGAGGCAACCAGGGGUGCAGCUCCUGCUUCUAUUAUUGGGGGCUAAGCCCAUCAACCAUUGAUACUGAAACAAGCUUUUGCAUAGCUGAGCUUGUUUGCCUCGACCAAAGAAUUAUUUCAAAAAGACACAUGGGUUGGAAUGGAUUUGUUUUUAUUCCAAACAAACUGCUUAAAUAUUAUUCUUCAGAUUCAUUUGAUUUUGAAGAAAGAACCAGAAACACACCUAGUUGUGAUCACUCAGGCUUGUGGCCUCAUCGUAGAACAUUCAUAUUUGACAGCUCCUCUAAAAAGCUGUGCUGGUGUACUCUUUGAAUUUUCAAAAUUUAUCCCAGUGUGUUAGUUUACUGCAACA